GAUUCAAUAUGGCGGACAAGUUCAAAUAACCUUCAUGAAGAAAAGUCUGUUUUAAUCGACUAAAAUGGAUGCAAGAAUACAAGCAAUUCUUGCAAGCUAUGGUAAUGAUGAAGAAGUCGCCGAAGAGGAAGAAACACCAAGGUCUCCGUCACCUCCAAAUAAUCUCGAAGAGUUUCUCGAUGCUCUUCCUGAAGGAUUGAAAGAAUGGCCAAACAGUCACGACUUGGAAGAGCUUGAAAAUCUUAAUCUGACAAUAGAGACUGUUGGACUAGGUGGUCUAGAGGAAAUCAAGGAGGAUCUUUCGACAUAUGCUCCAUUUGAUACAAGUUUGCUUGAUGAUGUGCAAAGACAAGUAGAAGAGCUUGAGCAUCGAUUUAGCAAAUAUAGUUCAAUGUUGCUAGAGUUGGAGUCUAAACCGCUUGAUCCUGCCACUCCAUCGAAACAUAUGCUGAGUCCUACAAGUGUACGAGCACUAAGCACAGACCAUUCAAACCAAGUAAUUAACAAGAAGRAMAGCACCAAACAAACAAGGUUUGGAGUCACAGAGGAUCAGUCUAGUGUAUCAAAAAGUAUACAGAAUACAACAUAUCCAGGGUUUUUCCCAAGUGAAAUGACUCCAUUACCUGGCCAGAUAGAAGCACUUCAAUUAUUGAACAAUAUUAUUAAAGCUCAAAACGUCAUGCCUUCCUUUAGGAAGAUUCUCAAGAAAUUGUUUCUCUCAGAGGCAUCAGUAGCAGUACUCCAGGAUACAUUUUGGUGGUUCUUCCUCAAUGAAUUCAAGACUGACAGCAAGAGUGCACAGGACGGUUUGUUCAACAGGAUUUCUGACAGCUUUGUGUCAUUGUUUUUUGGUGUUCCCACUCAGUUCAAGGAUAGGUUCUUUACUUAUUAUCCAGACUGUCUAUCACAAGCUGUUUACUCCGCCUACUGUCAAGCCUUCCCUCGUUCUUAUAGUCURUUUGAUGAAUCAUUCAAGACAAAUCUACUCAACACUAUAAGUGAAUGGAUGACAGGAACCAAACCACCACCUCACGCUUGGAAACAAUGGAACUUUAAACUCCUUGAACCAGCAAAUAUACGAGAUCUACAAGAUAACAGGACAGAAUCACUGAAAGUUGAUAUGUCAUUUGAUAUUGAUGCAACUCUAGAAGAAGCACAAUUCCAAGUUCCUAAAUCUGUAAAGAGAGUAACAGUACCCCAGUUGUCAGCCUCUAGAAUGGUCCAUUCAUCAAGAGCAACAGAGUCUCAUCAAAUAGGUCCAGGACCAGACUUUGAAAGAGUGAAYUUCAAYAUMUUYGGUCAAAGUCCYUURGUGUCGCAUUAUCUCAAAAUGAAAGAGCUUACAAGUGGGGAAGGACCAGCCAUCGCUAUUGGUAGAACAGAAAUCUCAAAGCCUCAAGCACCUGCCCCUACAUACAAACAAGUCUUGGAUGAAACAAAACGAACUGUCAARUCAAGAAAUAACAACUAUCAAAGAGUUCUUGACGCUUCAAACCAAGAAAGUAUCAAAAUACAAAAGCAAAAACGUACAGCGUUACGUAAAAUUGACAAAUUGAAAACAGAUUUAGUUUUGAAAAAUCAAGACAUCAAGAUAAUAAGUGAAAAACUAGUAGAUCUUGUGUCUCAGCCAGACUACGGCACCGGUAAUAACUUUGCUGCCAAGAAUGUCACGCUAGAUGACGACGAGGAGGAUGAUUGAGCGAUAUUAGUUUAUUUUCUAAUAUGACAGGUGAUAAAAUAUUGUACAGUAUAAUGUAAAUAACGGUCUUUUGAAAUUAAUUCUAAUUCUUAUUUGCAGUUUAUUAGUUUUAUAUUUAUAUUUUUUACAUUUAGUGUUCGUAAACUCUCGAAUUAUUGUAUUAUAGUUUAUACAUAUUAAAUAUGUAUGUGAAAUAUAUAACUUAUAGCA